GGGAGUUUGGUAUGUGUGACCCGUCGCUUGGUUACAUUUAAUCCACCCCGUAACCGAAAUUGUGAAGUCCUUCCUCGCUCUAAACGUUUCGGUGAUUCCGCACCACAGCCGCUCCGGACAUGUCCGCAUCCAGCCAGUGCAGGUACAAAUAUGAGGCGUACAAAGAGACAGCAGACUGGCUGCUGACUCACACAGAUAUCCGGCCAACAGUAGCUAUUAUCUGUGGAUCAGGUCUUGGUGGCUUGUCAGACCUGCUGAACAACACGACUGUGUUUCCUUAUAAAGACAUCCCGCAUUUCCCACACAGUACAGUAGCAGGACAUGCAGGUCACCUGGUGUUUGGGGAACUGAAAGGAAAGCAGUGUGUUUGCAUGCAAGGCCGCUUUCACUUCUACGAGGGCUAUGACACUGCCAUGGUCACAUACCCAGUACGUGUCUUCUUCCUUCUUGGAGUUGAGACCUUGAUUGUCACAAAUGCUGCAGGAGGGUUAAACUCCAAUUUUAAGUUGGGAGACAUUAUGAUCAUCAAGGACCACAUCAAUAUUCCUGGAUUUGCAGGUCAGAAUCCUCUGUGUGGCCCAAAUGAUGAGAGGUUUGGCGUACGCUUUCCCUGCAUGUCAGAUGCAUAUGAUAAAGACUUGGCCCAGCUGGCCAGGCAGAUAGCAGAGGAGCAGGGCUGUGCUAAUUUCCUCCAACAGGGAGUCUACUGUAUGUUGGCUGGACCUACCUACGAGACCAUAGCUGAGUGUAAAAUGCUUCAGUUACUGGGGGCAGAUGCAGUAGGAAUGAGCACAGUACCUGAGGUGGUGGUGGCACGUCACUGUGGCCUGCGCGUCUUUGGCCUCUCCCUCAUCACCAACAAAGUGGUGUCUGACUACAACAGUGAGGAGCGCGCCAACCAUGAGGAGGUUCUUGAGACCACACGCAUGCGUACUCAAGAUCUUCAGCGCUUGGUCAGCCAUCUCAUGGAAAAGAUUUAAAGUCAUGCUUCCUGGUGCUCAAGCAACUCAAGCUAACUAAUACUAAAGCUGACAUAACCAAAAUAAUGUCUAAAAUGCCACAAUGAAAUUAAUGCACUAAUAAAAGAUUUAGACAUUAUAUUAUUAAAAUAGUAAAGAGUCAUUUAUAAUAGCAUUUUAUUUAGACAAAUACACUAGCAAUCUGACACAUAAUGAUUUUAUCCCAGCAAUAUUAAGAUUAUGUAGACCAAUAUAUUUGAAAAAUGAUAUAUCUACAGGUAACUUACAUUAAUUACUGCACAUGAUUGACAUACUUUUAAUGACUCUUCACUGUGAAACCUGCACUCACUUAAAUUACCAUCUGCAGUCUACAUUAAAUAGUAAGAACACAAGCCAGGGAGGGUGUCUCUGGAGACCACAAACUGUGGGUGUUAAUUUAACAGUGGUGGAUGUGAACAGUGUGUGUUAUGUACACGUGUUUGUGUAUAACAACAAGUGGCUUAUUCUGCUUUAUUUUAUAGUAUACUCACCUCCUCACACAAAUCGUGUCAGCCAUGUCAAUCGUUAAGUAGACAUUUAUAAAGAUGCCAUUACAACUACAGUAAGCUGACUGAUACUAUAUCUAUUCAAAACCCAUAGGCACAGGCAUAGUCUGUGGCAUAAUCAAACUAGGCAGUCGCCUAGGGUUCCACCAGCUUGGGGGCGCCGAUGAGUGCCCCAACACUCCUGCCCCCACCCAACUCACCCACCAACAAAAAAGAGAGUACCUGGCCUGGGCAUUUGGGUCUGUAGUCUCAAAGAAUUUUUCUUUAGCCCCGAAUAAUUCAGUAGUGAAUAAUACACGUAGUGAGCAGGUUGUCACUACAUAACUGAACGUCAAUUAAAGAAGACCAAAGUGUUGUAAUUUUUCAUCUUCAGUAAAUGAAGUGUUGUAUUUUAUCUUCACUGAACGGAGGUAAGACCACUCAGACAGGGUUUACAGGAAAAUAUAUGGAAAUACUUGUGUCUUAUUGGCUAACAGUUCUCAAUUCUGCCAAACACUAGCUCGCACAGAGGGAAAAGUGGAUAUACACCAAUUUUUAUUGAUUUAUUUUUAACCAGUUAAAUGGGUUGAAACUGAAACACCAAUAUUCUCUUCUGCUGAGCAGGAAAACAAGGUGUGUAAAUGUCUAUAUGAGUUCCAAGUUACGUGAACAGGAUAUGAGCAGAGCACAAGGACAGAUAACAUACUUUUUACUACCUGUACCAAUUUAAUACCUGUACCAUUGAGAUGAGAAUUGUCCAAGUAGGUCCAUCAGCAAGGUUUUUACAAACAGAUUAUGAAAGUUUACUCAUUCACUUUGAGUAGUUUUCAACUCUCAUUCACAAAAUUCUGGGAACGUUAAGAGAACAUUAGGGGAAGGUCCUGAAAACCUAAAAACAUCUUUCAAUUUCCAUAAAGAAAACUUUCCAGGCUAACAAAAAACAAACCUUAAAAAUGUAUGUUCUGGGAACGGCCCUGCAUAGCCAAUAUACAUGUAUUCAAUCCAAAUGCUCCACCUCAUUAUUCUGAAGCCAAAUAACAAAUAUACAAACAUGAAGUACUUGAUUUUUUUAGUAUUCACACAAUACAAAAAUAUAUAUUUUAUCCUAACAAACACAUUAAGGUAGUCCUGAAACACUGAGUCGUGAGUAGGUCAUAUCCAGUUAAUUACUAAAGAAGACAUUAUGUGAAUGCCUGUGCAAAAAGUAUUGAAAACAAAAGUGUCCAUAAAUUAUAUUUUACAGUAUGCUACUAAGCAAAAAAAAAUCUCAUUGUCAGAUUAGUAUACUACACUUUGACUAGCAUUCAUAUUAAUUAUUUUAUCACUUACCCAAAGAAAGAGUUGUAGAAGAAACUAGUGCACACAUGCAUCCACAGAGAGCAGCACAGUGAUACUAGAAUAACUAAAUAACUGUAAUGAUUUAUAAUCCCACUAUGCGGUGUCACAUGGAAGAGGAUGGAUUCCUAUUUGAAUCAAAGUCCUGCCAUGGUUUCUUACUCGUGCUGUCUCUGGGAGUUUUCCUUGCUACUGUCACUACAGAUCUUUUGUGAAAAGCACUAUACAAAUAAAGUUUAAAUGAACUGAAUCAUUUUAAGGCAGAUUUGAGCAGACAGCGUUUAGACUAAACAUAUUGAUUUAAAAAGAACAAAUUACAAAGUAUUUCACACUUGUGACUGUUACUGACCAGAGAGGGUGAAGACUAACAUAUGCUUCCUCUGAAAUUCUGCUCAUUUCAUUUUUGACACUAAAUGAUCUGCUGUAGUAUUUAAUUGGAAAAUUGUGUCUGAUUUUGCAUAAUUGUAAAAAUCUAUCAAAUGCUCAACAUGUAGAAAGGUGCUAUGCGUUCUCAAUUUUUCUCUGUUAAAAUGUAUUAAUAUUCCAUUAAACAUAAGCACAUCAGUGUAAACAUAACUUCUAAAUAAAUAUAUGGAAAAAUAAAA